CAGACGCGCUCGAGUGUCUCUCCCUCUCCCUCUCCCCUGCACAUUUCUCCUCCGUUCACAGCUGUGGCUUAGUGCUUCUUCUUCAUUGGUGCGUGGGAGUACAUCGUCGAGUCCUCCAGAACGGUACCAGGUUAGAUUCUCCCUCCUGCAUCUGCCUCUCUAUUUCUCCGUUUCCUCUCCCUCUCUCCUCCACAGCUCUCUCUUCUCCUGUCCUCUCCUCUGCCCACUCGGUGUCCUUCUUCAUGACGUGGUCGCGGGCCUGGGCCCUCCUCCUGGCGGGCGUUGCGGUGGAAGUGGCGCGGGCGAGCGUGGAGAGCGAGUUCUCGGCGGACUGCAGGCCGUUCCUGUACAUGGGCACCCCGCCGCUGGGCCUGGAGGCCCGGUCCCUCAGGAGGAUCUGCCAGCGCUACGGCGGACAGCCCCGCUACCUCACGCUCUACGACACCGCGGACCACGUCCCCAUCUACUCCGCCUACACCUUCAAGCGCUCCGACGGAGGGAAGCAGGCCGACAUUCCCUGGAUGUACGAGCCGCAGCUGGCCACAUUGUCAGACGGCAGGGAGAUGCAGCCGUUUCCACACGGCUACUUGCAUCACAACUUCGAGGAUUCCCAGGCCGUGCUUGAGGACUACGACAAUGCCUUCAAAUACGAGCGCGGACAACUCAACCCGGACGAGCACCAGGCCGACCCCAGUGACAAGGCCGCCACCUACACCCUGACCAACGUGGUGCCCCAGGUCCGGGAGUUCAAGAUCGGGCCGUGGACGAAGCAGAACCACGUCAUCCGCCGUCGCCUCAACAACUACUGCCGAGGCACCGCCUACGUCGUCACGGGGAUCACCACCGCCGGUCACAUGAUCCGCCACCACAACAUCGACCGCGUGGCGGUCCCCGCCUACAUGUGGUCGGCCUACUGCUGCAUCCGCUACGACCGCAACGCACCCUUCGAAGAGCGCUAUAAAUUCCCGGCCUAUGCCUACUAUGGCCUCAAUGACAAGGAGAACAACCAGGUCUUGGAGAUAUCGAUCAAGAAGCUGGAGGAGUUUCUCAAAGGAUCCACGUUUGUGGACAAGAACUUCCAGAUCUUUGUGGAUGACUGCGUGCCUCCACCCUCUGCUCUUCCAUAGCUCACUUCCUUCAAAACCCCCAGCGUAAGGUGGUCAACACUUUUAGUUGGUCAACCAGCUGUUCCCCAGUUGACCAACCUAUACUGUAUAGCUAGUCCACCAGUUUCACCACCAGCUUUCCUUACCAGCUUAACCAGCUUAACCAGCUUUGACCAGCCACAGACCAGCUGAGACCAGCCAGAAGUAUGACAAGCCAACACACAGCUUAUACCAUCUCAAACCAACUUAGAAUCCCAGCUGGUCUUAGCUGGAUUUUUCACAGAGACUAUACCCAGAUUCAUGUAUACUGCAGUUACAUCUAUUUCACAAGUCUGUCAUAGCUUUACAGCCAAAUAAAAUACUUCUAGAUAACUUUGAGAAUUAUUGCAUUAGUUUUCAUUCCCCCUUGGAACUGAAUCUUUCAUUACUCCCAGAAGACUGUAAAAAUGUAAUGAAAACAAGAAUCUUUGUUGUUUAAUCAGGAAUACAUUUGGGUUUCUGCAGAAAAUCAAUAAAAACAUUGCUGCGCUGAA